AUGGAGGAUUCCCGGGAGACGUCUCCGUCCUCCAACAACUCCUCCGAAGAGCUCAGCUCUGCCCUGCAGCUGUCCAAGGGCAUGUCCAUCUUCCUCGACAUACUGAGGAGAGCAGACAAAAAUGAUGAUGGGAAAUUGUCCUUUGAGGAAUUUAAAGCAUAUUUUGCAGAUGGAGUUCUCAGUGGAGAAGAACUACAUGAGCUCUUCCACACCAUUGACACUCACAAUACCAACAAUCUUGACACAGAAGAGCUGUGUGAAUAUUUUUCUCUGCACUUGGGUGAAUAUGAGAAUGUACUGGCUGCACUUGAAGACCUGAAUCUCUCCAUCCUGAAGGCAAUGGGCAAAACAAAGAAAGACUACCAAGAAGCCUCCAACUUGGAACAAUUUGUCACUCGAUUUUUGUUGAAGGAGACUUUAAAUCAAUUGCAGUCUCUCCAGAACUCUCUGGAAUGUGCCAUGGAAACUACUGAGGAGCAAACCCGUCAAGAAAGGCAAGGCCCAGCCAAACCAGAAGUCCUGUCUAUCCAGUGGCCAGGAAAGCGAUCCAGCCGCCGAGUCCAGAGACACAAUAGCUUCUCCCCCAACAGCCCGCAGUUCAAUGUCAGCAGUCCAGCGUUGUUAGAAGAAGACAACCAGUGGAUGACCCAGAUAAACAGACUCCAGAAAUUAAUUGAUAGACUGGAAAAGAAG